GCGCCGCGACCAGGACGAGCGGGUCCGCCGGGCGGCGGGUCGGCGCGGGCGGGGGAAGAUUUGAGAGAGACGAUCUGAUCAUCUGGAAUUAAAGUUGGUGCAGAAAUCUCAGCUCUAAAAAUGUUGGAGGAAGAUAUGGAAGUGGCCAUCAAGAUGGUGGUUGUAGGGAAUGGAGCAGUUGGAAAAUCAAGUAUGAUUCAGCGAUACUGCAAAGGCAUUUUUACAAAAGACUAUAAGAAAACCAUUGGAGUUGAUUUUUUGGAGCGACAAAUCCAAGUUAAUGAUGAAGAUGUCAGACUAAUGUUAUGGGAUACAGCAGGUCAAGAGGAAUUUGAUGCAAUAACAAAGGCCUACUAUCGAGGAGCCCAGGCUUGUGUGCUUGUAUUUUCUACCACAGACAGGGAAUCUUUUGAAGCAAUUUCCAGUUGGAGAGAGAAAGUAGUAGCUGAAGUUGGAGAUAUACCAACUGUACUUGUACAAAAUAAGAUUGAUCUCUUGGAUGAUUCUUGUAUAAAGAAUGAGGAAGCUGAGGCACUGGCAAAAAAGUUAAAGCUAAGAUUCUACAGAACGUCAGUGAAAGAAGAUCUAAAUGUGAAUGAAGUUUUUAAAUAUUUGGCUGAAAAAUACCUUCAAAAACUCAAACAACAGAUAGCUGAGGAUCCAGAACUAAUGCAUUCAAAUAGUAACAAAAUUGGUGUCUUUAAUACAUCUGGUGGAAGUCACUUGGGUCAGAAUUCAAAUACACUUAAUGGUGGAGAUGUCAUCAAUCUUAGACCCAACAAACAGAGGACCAAGAAAAACAGAAAUCCAUUUAGCAGCUGUAGCAUACCCUAAAAUGCUUUAGGGAGGAAAAAAAAAAUAUAUUGUGCAAUUCAGUAAGGAAUCCAUCCAGUCCUGAUAUGUUGUAAGUUUUUUGAAGACUUUGCACCUAAUGGCUUUCUGAAAGUUGACAGACUUAAAUGUUCUACAGUGUUUUUCAGAAUGGAGUGAGAUCUUUGGUGGAAAAUUACUGCCCUUUUGGACUCAUUUUAAAUUUUUUUACAUUAGACGAAGCUUCUCCUGUUUUUGAAGGAAUGCUAUAAGAGAUGUCAAAAACAGGUUUUGCUGAAUUUCAAAUGCUGGAAAACAAAUGAAAUGCCUAAAUAUGUAGGUAUAAAUUUUCAUAUUACGGAUCAAGAAAAGAUAGCGAGCAUUAUUUUUCUGAAAUUGGUCAUGUAACUUUUUUGGAAGAUAGUAUUGAAUCUGAAUAGUUAGAAAAAAAAUAUUGAAAGGUAAACCCUAAACCUUGCCAGACUGCACCAGUGUGUGUUUUGGCGACAUUACUUGUGCAAUAUCUGUAUAAUGCAGAAUGAGGAGGUAUGCAUGCAGGUAUCUGGUACUGAAGAAAACUGAACAUGUGUGCAGUAUUUAAGGAAACAGAAUCUAAUUCAUCCAUUCAUAAAACCCUUUACACGUGUGUAUGUUAAAAGUUUUUAUUUUCAAAUAAAAAAUUCUAGACAUAUAUUUUGCAAAUGAGCUUGGAUUUAAAAAGUGCGUUGUGCCAAAAAUAUCAUACCUAAUUUUUACAGUGCUUUACUAUCAGAAUUUGUAUUGUUUAUAAAUCUUUUAAGGUAGUUUUUCCCUGUGACAGGGUAGAUAAAAGAGGAGUAUGAAUGUUUUAAUGCUAGUGCAUCUCCCAGGUGAGAUUUGUUACAAAAUCAUUUUUCGUAUGUCCAACCAUAAGCACGGUGAACUUGUGCUGACCAAGUCCCUGAGAAGAUACACAGCACAUCUGCAGUCACCCCCUAGUCCUAUAAAGUACAGUGGUGCCUCUAGCACCUUUUGCUGCUGACUGAAAAUGCAGUUUUGAACUUUCAAGGAUUAUGCUAACAAAUGCACAGGAGAUGUCUUUUGCCUCAGUCCACAUUAUGGAUUUUAUAACGCCCUAUAACUCUAAGCAUCUUUUUGUUUACACAUUUUUGUAUGGUAUUUUAAGAUUACCACCUAAAAAUUUCUAUGACCUUCAGUUUGUAUAGCACACUCUCAAGAGCUCUGUCAGCACCAAAUACAAAAAGAAUUUCUUAAAAGAUUUUAAUAAGUAAUCAGACAUGUGGCGGAGCAUGUAUUUUGUGACUUGGGUCAGUAGCUUUCCAACUAAGAUAUUGUUUGAACUGUUAAAACUGGUUAUCAUCCAUCAGCGAGUUUAUUUUUAACUCCUUUCAUAUACCUAGUUUUUACAGGUUUUCAAAAUAAUGUAAAAAUAACUCUUCUUGGAAAAUGUGUCAUAAAGUCAUUUUUCAUUAUUCGUACUAAAUGCAUAAUGUUUUAUGUUUCUUUUAUAUAUAUUUUUUAAGUCUUCUAUCUGUACCACCCUUACCACCCUGUCCAGAUUAAUAAUGAGAACAUAAGAGAAUUUCCAGGGUGUGCUCUUGUUAUAUGGUCAAGAGUGAAUGUUUGCUUUUCAUAAUACUGAGUAAUCUGGAAUUAUCUAUUUCAAAGUAAUAUAAAAUGUCUAUUUUUAUGUCACCAUUUGUCACCACUCCCAUUGCUGACAAUGGGAUAGGUGUUAGGGAAAAAAUUCAGUUCCUAACAAUGACUGUCUGCUAGUGGUUCAUCUUUUCUUUUCUAAUCGCUUGAAAUACUGUCUCUUUAAUUUUUGCACAAAAUAUAUUUUGUGGCAAAUUGUCUUAAUGCCUUUAGUAGCAGGAAAAAAAAAGUCUCGUUAUGUAAUACGUUGCAGUUCUAUUUCAUAUUAAUUAAAUGGCAUGGGUAAGUUUGUUACUUUUCUAUAUUAAAAAUGUAAUCUCUGACUGAUGUUUGCAACUUCCCUGAUAUUUGUAAUAUAAUUUUAUGUACUUAGUUUUGUCCUAUUUUUUUGGUAAGAAUUGAAGAGUGAUUUGUUACACAUUUGAAUUUUUAAUUUGUAUUUCUGUAUUUUAAAUGUAACUAUAAUUAGUCAUAUAAAAUAAUUAAGUAGCCUGAAAAUCAUCCACAAGUUUUAUGUUAAAUACUCUCUCAGCUAAUUGCAAGCCUUCAAAAUUGACAUUAAAUUUUUUCCCCUUUAACCUUUGAUUCUCUUAAAAAAGCAUUACUAUUGAUGAACCACGAAUGCUAACACUUGUCUAAGACCAGGAUAUUGUUUACAUGUGCUCUGAUACACUUUUUUUACAUCAUGUCUGAUUUUUAGCAUACAAACACAUAGUUAUGGAAUAAUUGCCAUAUUUCAGAGUUCCUCAGGUUUCCUUUCCUUUUUCAGUCUUGCAUAUCCAGUUAAAUAGCUUAUAGACUAGCCCAUAUAGGGCAAUAUAGUUAAACAAAAUUUAGCUAAAUAGUUUCCUUUUUUUAUCUACCCAAACUGAUAGUUCAUAGCACACAUGUACUUUUUCAAAAUAAAGUAAAAAUAAAACUACACUACCAAAAAGAGAAUGAACACCUUUGCUCGAUGUGGAAUGAAGUUCCAUGGUUGUUUUAGAAGUUGGCUAUGCAUUGCUUAGAAAGAACUCUCAUUAAUGUACUCCAUCAGAACUGUGAUUUUUUUAGGGACUGGGAUAUAUUCUGAAGAGUUAGAAUGAGGGAGUGGCCUCACUAAAGUCACAGCUUAAAGCGACCUAACUUAGCAUAAAAUAUUGUUAGUAGUUAGCAUCCUUUUUAAGACCUUUGGAAGAGUUAUUGGUAACCUGGUGAAGUGCCCCAUUACUGUAUCAUUAGGGUAUCUUUUUCUGAAAACAAAAUGAACUGACAGGGUGAAAACAUUUCCCAUACUACAGUCUUCUAAUGAACAGGUAGACUUACUCUGUUUUAACUAUUAGUUAUGAAUAUCAUAUAUACUACUGUCACUCUUUGGGUUUUCACCCAGAAACAUGUAAGUCUAUCAGAUGAGUGAAUUUAUUUGCUAACAACAAUGUUCAAAACCACAGUGGACACUGAAAUAAUCAUGUAACUCUUGGGUCACUGGAUGAUAUGGCUGUAAUAACCUUUAGUAGGUAGUGCUCCUUUUCUUCCCUCUCUUGAAUAUCCUGGUGAGGGAUGUUUGUAAAUGUUUAAAUGAUUGGAUUUAAAAAUAAAACUUUGGACUAAAAGGAAAAGUGAACCUCUUCUAUAUUUUGUUACUACUAAAUACUGCUUUCAUAAAUUUGAAUAGGAAACCAAUUGUAUGUAUUGCUAAUGAGUUGUGGUUAUGCCCUCAAGCUUAAUUUAUACUACUCAGUAAAAAUUUCAAGAAAGAUGAAUUCCAAUAAUCAAAAAAUAAAUGUAUUUCAAAGCUAGAGUUUGUGUGAUAAUGUAUUAUAAGUAUGGAACCAAAGAGUAAAAGGUAUAAUGUGUCUUAUCUAAAAAUUAAAACAGC